UGGCACAUAUUGUCUCAAAAACCAUGUGGAUCAGAAGGUUCAUUCAUUUUGUUCCUCCAACGUAUGCUUCUGACAAAAACCAUCAAUAAACCAGUAACAGAAAAUGGAAUAGAAAAUAAAAAAUAAUAAGAAAAGAACACACAAGAAUCAUAAUGCAAAUGGCACUUUUGUUAAGAGGUGGAGCACUUGGAGAUUCUAGCUUUCGUUUGUGUUCUUUAACUUCAACCUCUUCUUCUUUGCAUGUCUCUCAAAAUGUUGUCAUACCCAACUCAACAUCAUCACCAAUAUUACCUUUGAUUGCAAGUAGAUUUAAAGCAGUAAGCAGAAACAAGAUUACUUGCUCUGCAGUUCAAGAAUCAUCUACUAGUACAUCAGCUACUGCUGAAACAAAGGAGGAGGUAAAGGAAGAAGCUCCAAAAGCAGCAGCAGUAAAGAAGACUCCUGCUAAAGCUCCAGUUAAGCCUUUACCUCAGAUGAUGGAGGAGGAUGUGAUUCCUUCAUUGAAAGCAAUAUUAGAAGCCCAACAAGAUCUCUCUGAUAUUGAGCUGGUUUUUCAGGACAAUAAGUUGGAAGGUUCAUUUCUGAAAAAAGGCAAUCCCUAUUCAUUUUGGGCCUUCUUUCCCACAGGACUUACAGGUCCAAAGGGGUUUUCUCUGUCAUCAUAUAACUCAGGAGCUAGCACUGUUGAACCGUUUCUAGUUGAUGAGAAGAAAGUUAAUUCAAAACUCAUUGUCUUUUGGGUUGAAAAACGUUUGGCAGCACAAGGGAUUAUUCCUGUAUGGAAAGAUUGAUUCUCAUAAACAAAUUUUCAUUUUGGUUGCAAAUGAUGUAGCAUACAUUUCACCAUUCUCUUGUACCUUGGCUCAUUGACUAUGUGGUGUAUGGUAUAUAAAGUGUUGUUUUGAUCAAUGUGCAACUAAUUGUAUAUGAUUUUAUGAACACGUUUGUUGAUCA